AUGGGGAUAUUCUCGUUUUUUGGUACCUCCGAAAAGAAAGAUAUAUCUUCUAGCGGUGUUUUGGAAGAUUUGCUGGAGGAACAAAAGACUUUUUUCCUCAAGGAAAAUGAUAGGUUAGAGAUUGAAGUCAAGCAGGCAGAAGCACAAAGUGGUGAUAGCAAUAAUGGUACCAUAGGAAAAGGGUUGCAGAAAUUACUUGGGGAAAACCAUAUCCCAACUUCAGCAAAGGAAAAGGAAGAAUUUGAGCAAUACCAACUACAGAAUACAAAGAGACAUGCAAUGCUAGAAAACUGUGCCGAGGUUCAGCAGUUACUACUUAGCUGCUUGAAAAAUGGGAGCUAUACUGAAAAAUUCACCAUGUGUAAUGAAAGAACUAAAGCCAUGUUCAAUUGUAUUGACUCUCAGAAAAAAUCGUUGUCGCUACUUGGAUACGAAUCUGCCAGAUCUGUUAAAGAAUCGGAAUUCAUUAAGGGCAAGGCCGAUGAUCUUUUUGUAAAACAUUUUGGAAAAGAAGGACUUAGUUUGGAAGAUGAAAUUAAGGAGCAAUUCGUGGAUGAUUUAGAAAAUACCAGGGUGAUGUUAUGGAAAUGA